CUUCAGGCUCUGAUCAUCCUCAACUGUCUCUGCAGCUGCAAAAAUGAAGGUCGUCGUCGCUGCGUUGUCCAUGCUGGUCUGUUCCGCAAUUGCCCAGGUACCCCUCAGCGGUAACUCCCUCGUGGGUAGGCCCUUCGGUCUUGGUUUCAACAAUGGAGGCGUUGUUGGCAACGUUGGUUUUGGUGGUAAGGGUCAUGGCUACGGCUACAACCCUAAAGGCUACAACAACUACGGCUACGGUAAAGGUGUUGCUGGUCCCUUCAUCGCCGGACAUGGAUCUGGUCUUGUAGGACAGGGACCUUUUGUCGGCCAUGCUGGUUCCUUUGAUGGACACGGCCCAGUCGUUAGAGGACACGGUAUUGUUGGACAAGGCGUUGCUGGACACGGUACCGUCAAUGGUGGACAUGGUGUUGCUGGUAAUGGAUACGGCUACGGCUACAACCCCUACAACAACAACUACGGCUACGGUAAAGGCGUUGGCGGAGUCGGUGUUACUGGUUCCUUCGUCAACGGACAUGGAGCUGGUCUUGUUGGACAGGGUCCUUUCGUCGGUCAUGCUGGUUCAUUCGCAGGACAUGGGCCCUUUGUUGCUGGUAACGGCAUCGCUGGAAAGGGACACGGCUACAACUCCUACAACGGAGUUGGGAAUGGAGUUGGUCUUGUAGGAAAUGGUCUCCUUGGACAGGCCGGACACGGACUCGCAGGACCCCUCGCAGUCGGUGGCCACGGUGUUGCUGGUCAGGGACAUGGCUACGGCUACGGCACAAACGUCGGACAUGGAGCUGGUCUUGUUGGAAAUGGAGGCCAUGGAUACACCGGACAUGGUGUUGCUGGACAAGGAUUCACCGGACCCUUUGCUGCCGGACACGGUGUUGCUGGACACAGUCUCACCGGACCUUUCGCUACCGGACACGGUGUAGCUGGACACAGUCUGGCCGGACCUUUCGCUGCCGGACACGGUGUUGCUGGGCUUGGAGUCGGCCAAUUCGGAUCCAGAGUUGGAAACGGAAAUGUCGGAUUCGGCGGUGUUGCCACCGGCCAUUACUACUAAAGACAUUUGAUAAUGAUAUCUGGUGAAUGAAAGUGUUUUUUACUUCCUGGUUUCUUAUUUGAUAUAUUGUUUCAUUCUCUCAAAUAAAGAAU